GGCGCCACCGCGCCUGCCCUGAGCUCCCCGUCCCGCCCGCGCCGCGCCGCGCCGCCAUGAGCCCGCAAUGAUGAUGGCCCGCAAGCAAGAUGGCCGCACGCCCACCUACAACGUCAGCGUGGUGGGGCUGUCCGGCACCGAGAAGGAGAAGGGCCAGUGCGGCGUCGGCAAAUCCUGCCUGUGCAACCGCUUCGUGCGGCCCGGCGCCGACGACUUCCACUUGGACCACACGUCCGUGCUCAGCACCAGUGACUUUGGGGGCAGGGUGGUCAACAAUGACCACUUCCUCUACUGGGGCGAGGUGGCGCGGCCGCUGGAGGAGUGCGUGGAGUGCCGCGUGCACGUGGUGGAGCAGACGGAGUUCAUCGACGACCAGACCUUCCAGCCGCACCGCAGCACCGCGCUGCAGCCCUACAUCAAGAGGGCGGCGGCCACCAAGCUGGCGUCGGCCGAGAAACUCAUGUACUUCUGCACCGACCAGCUGGGGCUGGAGCAGGACUUCGAGCAGAAGCAGAUGCCCGACGGCAAGCUGCCGGUGGACGGCUUCCUGCUCUGCGUGGACGUCAGCCGCGGCAUGAACCGCAACUUCGACGAGCAGCUCAAGUUCGUCUCCAACCUCUACAACCAGCUGGCCAAGACCAAGAAGCCGGUGGUGGUGGUGCUGACCAAGUGCGACGAGGGCGUGGAGCGCUACAUCCGCGACGCCCACGCCUUCGCGCUCGGCAAGAAGAACCUGCAGGUGGUGGAGACCUCGGCGCGCUCCAACGUCAACGUGGAGCUGGCCUUCAGCACCCUGGUGCAGCUGGUGGACAAGAGCCGCGGCAAGGCCAAGAUCAUCCCCUACUUCGAGGCGCUCAAGCAGCAGAGCCAGCAGAUCGCCGCCGCCAAGGACAAGUACGAGUGGCUCGUCAGCCGCAUCGUCAAGAGCCACCACGAGGCCUGGGCCGGCGUCAGCCGCAAGAUGCAGCCGGCGCCGGAGUACCAGGACUACGUCUACCUGGAGGGCACCUCCAAGGCCAAGAAGCUCUUCCUGCAGCACGUGCAGCGCCUCAAGCAGGAGCACAUCGAGCGGCGCCGCAAGCUCUACCUGGCCAAGCUGCCGCAGGCGCUGGACGCCCUGGUGCCCGACCUGGACGAGAUCGACCACUUGAGCCGCGCCAAAGCCGAGAAGCUGCUGGAGGCCAAGCCCGACUUCCUCAAGUGGUUCGUGGUGCUGGAGGAGACGCCGUGGGACGCCACCGGCCACGUGGACAACGUGGACAACGAGCGCAUCCCCUUCGACCUGCUGGAGACGCCGGCGGCCGAGCAGCUGUACGAGCAGCACCUGGAGAAGCUGCGCGACGAGCGCAAGCGCGCCGAGAUGCGCCGGGCGUUCCGCGAGAACCUGGAGAGCUCGCCCUUCGUCACGCCCGGCAAGCCCUGGGAGGAGGCGCGCAGCUUCAUCAUGAACGAGGAUUUCUACCUGUGGCUGGAGGAGCCGGUCUACAUGGAGAUCUACGGCAAGCACCAGAAGCAGCUGAUCGACCGGGCCAAGGAGGAUUUCCAGGAGCUGCUGCUGGAGUACUCGGAGCUCUUCUACGAGCUGGAGCUGGACGCCAAGCCCAGCAAGGAGAAGAUGGGCGUCAUCCAGGAGGUGCUGGGCGAGGAGCAGCGCUUCAAGGCGCUGCAGAAGCUGCAGGCCGAGCGCGACGCGCUCAUCCUCAAGCACAUCCACUUCGUCUACCACCCCACCAAGGAGACGUGCCCCAGCUGCGCCGGCUGCGUGGACGCCCGCGUGGAGCAGCUGCUGGGCUCGCGCUUCAUCCGGCAGCACCGCAACCCUCUGGCCGACCCCGGCGUGGACCGCAUCAACCUGGUGAUCCUGGGCAAGGACGGGCUGGCGCGCGAGCUGGCCAACGAGAUCCGCGCGCUCUGCACCAGCGACGACCGCUACGUCAUCGAGGGCAAGAUGUACGAGCUGGCGCUGCGGCCCAUCGAGGGCAACGUGCGGCUGCCGGUCAACGCCUUCCAGACGCCCACCUUCCAGCCGCACGGCUGCCUGUGCCUCUACAACUCCAAGGAGUCGCUGUCCUACGUGGUGGAGAGCAUCGAGAAGAGCCGCGAGAGCGCCGUGGGCCGGCGCGACAACCACGCGGCGCAGCUGCCGCUGACGCUGAUCCUGGUGAACAAGCGCGGCGGCGGCGGCGACGCCGGCGGCGAGACGCUGCAGAGCCUGAUCCAGCAGGGCCAGCAGAUCGCCAGCAAGCUGCAGUGCGUCUUCCUGGACCCCGCCUCGGCCGGCAUCGGCUACGGCCGCAACAUCAACGAGAAGCAGAUCGGCCAGGUGCUCAAGGGGCUGCUGGACGCCAAGCGCAACCUCAACCUGGUGGUCAGCGCCACCGCGGCGCUCAGGGACGGCGCCGCCGACGCCGCCGACCUGCGCGUGGCCAUGUGCCUGAUGUGCGGCGACCCGGCGGGCGCCGACGAGGUGCUGCUGCCCAUCCUGCAGGCGCAGCCGUGCCGGCCGGCGCCGGGCGGCGGCGCGGCGGUGCUGCUGGACGUGGCGGUGGGCGCGCAGCGGCGGCGCGUGGAGCUGGCGCUGCUGUCCUACCACGCCUCCUUCGGGCUGCGCAAGAGCCGCCUGGUGCACGGCUACAUCGUCUUCUACGCCGCCCGGCGCCGCGCCUCGCUGGCCGCGCUGCGCGCCUUCCUGGCCGACGUGCCGGACAUCGUGCCCGUGCAGCUGGUGGCGCUGGCCGACGGCUCGGCCGACCUGCUGGACAACGACGUGAGCCGCGAGCAGGUGGCCGAGGGCGAGGAGAUCGCGCAGGAGAUCGAGGGGCGCUUCGCCACCUUGGCCUGCGGGCAGCCCCAGCCCAAGCUGGACGCCUUCCAGCCCUUCUUCAAGGACGCCCUGGACAAGAAGAACAUGGUGGAGGCCGCGCACAUGUACGACAACGCCGCCGUGGAGGCCUGCGGCGCCGGCGAGGACGUCUUCAACUCGCCGCGCGCCGGCUCGCCGCUCGGCAACUCCAACCUGCCCGACUCCGAGGACGACCCCGAGCCGCCGCCCGGCUACAGCCCCUUCCGCGAGGAGCCGCCCGCCGCGCUGCCGGCGCUGCCCAAGGACCACUCCAAGCUCUCCAUGGAGCUGGAGGGCAACGACGGCUUGUCCUUCAUCUUCGAGAGCAAGCUCAACAACAAAGCGCCGCCGCCGCCCGUCAAGCCCAAGCCGCCCGUCCACUUCGACAUCAAGGGCGAGCUGGGCUACCUGGAGCAGAGCCACCGCGACGGGCAGCGGCGCUCCGUGUCCUCCUCCGCCUGGCUGCCGCCCGACUGCUUCGACCCCUCGGACUACGCCGAGCCCAUGGACGCCGUGGUGAAGCCGAGGAGCGAGGAGGAGAACAUCUACUCGGUGCCCCACGACAGCACCCAGGGCAAGAUCAUCACCGUGCGCAACAUCAACAAGGCGGCGUCCAACGGCAGCGGCAACGGCUCGGACAGCGAGAUGGACACCGGCUCCCUGGAGCGCGGCCGCCGGCUCCCGGCCGGCGCCAAACCGCGGCUCUACCGGGCGCGGUGCGCGCGGCUCGGCCGCUUCGCCGGCUACCGGCCCGGCCUGAGCCUGGGCAGCGACGACGAGCUGGGCUCGGGGAGGAAGAAGGACGAGGAGCCGGGCGGCCAAGGCGGGUACAAAGGGGACAACGCGGGGAUGGCGUACGAGGCGGCCGACGGCGAGGAUCCGCGCAGGAGGAACAUCCUCAGGAGCCUCCGCAGGACCACCAAGAAGCCCAAGGCCAAGGCCAGACCCUCCCUGUCCAAGGCUCCCUGGGAGAGCAGCUACUUCGGGGUUCCCCUGGCCAGCGUGGUGACCCCCGAGCGGCCCAUCCCCGUCUUCAUCGAGCGCUGCAUCCAGUACAUCGAGGCCACUGGGCUGAGCACGGAGGGGAUUUACAGAGUCAGUGGCAACAAAUCAGAAAUGGAAAGUCUGCAGCGCCAGUUCGACCAAGACCACGGGCUGGACCUGGCAGAGAAGGAUUUCACCGUCAACACCGUGGCCGGGGCCAUGAAAAGUUUUUUCUCGGAGCUGCCGGAGCCGCUGGUGCCGUACCCGAUGCAGCUGGAGCUGGUGGAGGCCCACAAGAUCAAUGACCGGGAGCAGAAGCUGCUGGCGCUCCGGGACGUGCUGAGGAAAUUCCCAGGCUCCCCAAAAGCGACCGGGGACGCUCCCGAGCCGGACCAGCCCCCCCCGCCCAGGCACAGGGACCCCCCGGCGGCGCAGGGACCCCCCCGUAUCCCCCCACCGGCGCAGGGCUCUCCCGGCCCCUCAGCACGCUCCCUGCCCCCGGUUCUCCCCUCAGCGCGGGGCGCAGGCCCAGCGGUGCCGCGGCCAGCUCCAGCCGCUGGGGCCGGGCCCGGGAAGGGCCGGGGGAGGCCCGGGGAGCGCGGGGGGGCCCGCAGGGCGCGGGGGGUCCCGUCCCGGGGGUGCCGGGGAGGAUCCGCGCGGGCCCGGGGCUGCCGGGGCUCCCGGGGGUCGCGGCCGCCCCUCACUCACCACCGCCGCCGCCGCCGCCGCCGCGCAACGUCAGCGCGCACGACGCGCACGCUGCGUCACUGCGUCACGGCGCCGCCGCCAAUGCGCCAAUGGGAGGGCGGAGCGGCGCCGGGGCCCCCUGGAGGCCACUCCCACCGAGAGCGGCGACCAAUGGGAGACCCCGAACGGGCGCGCGGGCGCGGUGGGGGCGGAGCCUCGGCUGCGCGGUGCCGGUCACGCCUCCUCCGGCAACCGUCACUCAGCGAGGCCACGCCCUUCCUGUGGCCACGCCCCCGCCUUGCGCUGGCCGCGCCGGGGGCGGGGCCUGGGGGCGGAGCCUGUUAG